ACUGCUGCUCGACUCAGCUCAUCCUCCCAAAGGCAUCAGGGAUAUCAUAUGUUUAUUUCUAUCGGAUACUGGUUCAGCUACUGGAAAGCCUAAUUUUAAAUCGUCCGCAGAACAUCCUUCAGGACAGCRGGGAAUGGAGGUCAGACAGGGAGCGCAGGGCUGGGGAGGCUCUGGGCGGGUCGCGUUGCUGGCAGCRGUGCUGCUGUGCCUGUGCUGCCGGGCGGCGGCGGAGCGGGUCCGCUACUCCAUCCCCGAGGAGCUGGGCAGAGGCUCGCUCGUGGGGCCGCUGGCGCGGGAUCUGGGGCUCAGCGCGGRCGAGCUSCCGGCGCGCAAKCUGCGAAUAGURGCUGGUGACGAAAAGCAGUACUUCAGUCUGGAGGAAGAUAACAGAAAUCUGCGUGUAAACGACAGGAUAGACCGAGAGAGCAUCUGCGGGUCCGUGUCACCCUGUGUCCUCAAUUUGGAGGCAGUCGUGGAAAACCCUUUUGACAUAUUUCAUGUGAGUGUUACUAUCCAGGAUAUCAAUGACAAUGCUCCGCAGUUUGAUAGAGAAUUUGUUACUAYAGAAAUUAUCGAGUCGACGCCUCCUGGGACCAGGUUUCCAUUGGGCAAUGGCAGAGACCCCGACAUUGGGGUGAACUCUUUACAGAAUUACGAACUUACCCCCAAUCCAUUCUUCUCCCUCUUAGUGAGGGAGAGCCCUGAUGGGACAAAACACGCKGAACUGGUAUUGGAGAAAAUGUUAGAUCGAGAAAAACAGAAACAUCACCAUUUGAUASUGACAGCGGUGGAUGGUGGGGAUCCAGUCCGAUCCGGGACCGCUCAGGUAAAGAUCAACGUGACCGACGCAAAUGACAACCCCCCAGUAUUCACCAAAGAAAUCUACGAGGUUCGACUGAUGGAAAACCUGCCAGAGGGCUCCUUAGCUUUUCAGGUGAAAGCUACUGACAAUGACCAAGGUACAAAUGCAGAAAUCACCUACUCCUUYAGCGACAUAGCAAAAAGUGUCCGCCAGCUCUUCACUCUGGACCCCAGGACCGGGGACGUGAAGGUUACUGGCCUCUUAGAUUACGAAGAAAGGAAAUAUUACGAAGUGAGUGUUGAAGGCAAGGAUGGGGGCGGGCUUACUGCGCACGCCAAAGUGCACAUAGACAUUAUAGACGUAAACGACCACGCUCCAACCCUUUCCCUCCUGCCUAUCCUAAACCCGAUACCCGAAGACUCAAUCCCGAGCACAGUUGUAGCUGUGAUCAACGUCCGUGACAAAGAUUCGGGUGAAAACGGAGAAGUGAGCUGUAAAAUGGACGGAAAUUUGCCUUUCAGAUUAGAAACUUCAUCAGAGAACACAUACAAGCUAAUAAUAGCCAGUGCUCUGGACAGAGAAAAUGUCUCGGCUUAUAAUAUCACUAUCACUGCCAAGGACCGUGGGCGGCCGGCGCUGUGGAGCAGCACGGAGCUGGUGCUGGAGGUGUCGGACGUGAACGACAACGCGCCGGUGUUCGAGGAGGCGGCGUACAGCGCCUACGUGGCGGAGAACAACGCGGCGGGCGCGCUGGUGCUGCGCGUGCAGGCGCGGGACCGCUUCUCGGUGGCCGGCGCCGCCUUCCCGGCCGACUUCUGCGAGGGCACCUUGCCCUACUCCUACAACCUGUGCGUGGCGGCGCCGGCCCGCGCCGUGCCCGAGGCCGCUUGGCCGCCGCCGCCGGUGCCCAUCCUGUCGGCGGAGGAGCUUCUGGGCGGGGAUUGCUGCGAGAAGCCGACUGUGAACAGCAGCGCCGUUGUGGGAGAGCCGCCCGCCUACCCCGACACAUCGCAGUGUGUUAAGACCGGUAAUACUUCGUACGUCUUAUUAAGAGACUUGCAUUACAUUACACUGUGCGUGCAGUGCCGGGAGGAGGCUGCGGGCGCCGCUGUUGACCGAGAGGAGAUUGAGGAAGGUCGGAGCGCUGCAGCCCCGCCCACUGAGGCCCGGCUCGAUCGCUCUCCCGUAGCGCAGGUCGGCGGCGGAGCGGCGUGA